UGUGUGUGUGAAGGGGGUGGGUGGGGGGACGGGUGACGGGUUUGCCGUGCAGCAAGUCCCGUGAAAACCUCCCAGAAAGACAGAUUUGACUGCAACUUGUUGAAGUCUCUGUAAUCUCCCCCGGAGCGGAAUAGAUCGCACCGGCACUGGGAAGCCCCCGUGUCUCUCCCCGGGGGUUUAACUGUUGGUGGUGACAACCCACUGCGAGCUGCGUCUUGGACGGUGCCUCAAAUAAAGCUCCGCCGGUACCACACUUUCUUUUUUCUUUUUUUUCCUUUUUUUUUUUUUUUUUUACACUUUUCACACAUUCUGGUCAGUGAACUCUGGAGCAAAGCGCGUAUUUUUUUUUCCAAUUUUCUUUUGCAGAAGCUGUUGUCAAGUCGCUACAGAUCAGUGAAUAAAUAAGACUCGCUCAAGUUUGCUGGACAAUACUGAAAACCGCCGGCUGGACCGAGUUAAGUGUGUUUACGUGCAGACACACUCGCUUCACCUUUAAGAUAAGAUGAGGAAAAACUUGGAGCAGUGACAUCUACAGAAGCUGUCCGCUGGUGCCCUUUGAAUGUAACCAGUCUGUGUUUCGUUUGUUUGCACUGGACGCGCGUAAAUGAAGGACUCUGCUGCCGGGAUUCCCUGACUGAUGCUGUACUGCGCUUUUAUCAAAGAAAUAUAGGAAGAAAAAUCAUCAAACGAGCUGGAUGAAACUGCUGCAGAGGAAGCUGCGUGAACGUCAGACAAAAACCUUCUUAUCUGUGAGAACGCUGCAACUGAAAGUUCAUCUGACAGACAACGCUGCGAAGAGGAAAAGCUAACACACAAGCAUUUAACACUGGGAACCUGAGGAAAAAAAGCUUUGCUGAUCAUGGCACUUUAGUGCAAAUUUCUAUAUGCCUGCCAAAACCACAUGGAUAUCCAACAAUUAUCUCCAAGCAGCCUGGAUGACUAGAAUAUUCCCUCAUCUGGUUUUGAUGUCAAUCAUGUAACUGUAAUGUUCUGGCUUUCCAAUAUCAUCAAAGACACGAGACACGGCCAAGUUUCAAUAGAAACCUCAAUUUAGAAGGCUUCACGUGGACUUCAGAAUAGAUAAGACAGACAACAAGCAAACCUGUGUAUCUGUCGUCAUCAUCUUCCUACAUGCAGCUCCCCGCUUAGCGUUAUUGAAAAGGAGGAGCCUGUUAAAGCAUUUGAUAGAUAGGAAGGCUCGGUCUGAAGGUGUUGUUGCCGGCUGGCUGCUGGUUGGAGAUGAGAUAAGAGCACUGGGAAGAGACACAAGAAGUGGCUGUCUGACGGGAGCCGAAUACAAAUUAGGAUUUGUCUCUCCUGCAGCUACACCAGUGAGGCGAAUCAAUACCAGAGAAGCAAAAUGGACAAAUUAGUCGGCUUCAAUUAUAGGAGGAUCAGUCGUGAACUGUGAAUUGUUUGCUAAAAGUUGAUUUAACAUCACAUUGUAAUACACAGGAUGGGGAAAUAUAGGGAAAUGUUGUCUUAGUUACUGAAAGGAGAAACCUUCAGUGCUUCUUCUAUAGCCGAAACCAACAGUGGCACGCCAGAGUCCGGCCCUCUACAGUGCCAUGCCUGAACUGAUCUGUGAAUGGUUUUUGAUUAUAAUGAUGACGCUGAGCUAAACCUUCCAGAAAUAAGGUUUUAAAAGGAGCCGGGGCGAGAUGGAUAAUAACUCACUGGACUACUUCACUGGCAACUUCACAGAGAUCCCUAACACCACUACCGCUCCACCAUGGAGCGAAGCCACGCUCCUCGGCCUGCAGGUCUCCCUGUCUGCGCUGUUAGCUAUCGUCACCUUGACUACCGUGCUCUCCAACGCCUUCGUCAUCGCCACCAUCUUUCUGACCAGGAAGCUCCACACGCCCGCCAACUUCCUGAUCGGCUCACUGGCCGUCACAGACCUGCUGGUUUCUAUUUUAGUCAUGCCAAUUAGCAUCGUCUACACCGUCAGCAAGACCUGGUCGCUGGGGCAGAUUGUCUGUGACAUCUGGCUGUCGUCUGAUAUCACCUUCUGCACGGCCUCCAUCUUGCACCUGUGUGUGAUCGCGCUGGACCGAUACUGGGCCAUCACAGACGCUCUAGAGUACUCAAAACGCCGCACCAUGCGCCGGGCGGGGAUCAUGGUCGGCGUGGUGUGGGUGAUCUCGAUAUCGAUUUCCAUCCCUCCACUUUUCUGGCGGCAGGCCAAAGCCCACGAGGAGCUGACAGAGUGCAUGGUGAAUACAGAUCAGAUCUCUUAUACCCUAUACUCCACCUUUGGCGCCUUCUACGUUCCCACAGUGCUUCUCAUCAUCCUCUACGGACGGAUCUAUGUUGCUGCUCGCUCCCGCAUCCUUAAGACACCGUCGUCUUCGGGGAAACGUUUCACUACGGCACAGCUCAUCCAGACCUCUGCAGGCUCCUCUCUCUGUUCCCUUAAUUCCGCCUCCAACCAGGAAGCACACCUACACUCUGGUGGAGUAGGAGGAGGAGGAGGAGGAGGAGGAGGAUCGCCUCUGUUCAUGAACAGUGUGAAAGUGAAGCUGGCAGACAGCGUGCUGGAAAGGAAACGUCUGUGUGCAGCCCGGGAGAGGAAGGCGACCAAGACUUUGGGCAUCAUCCUGGGCGCGUUCAUCAUCUGCUGGCUCCCAUUCUUUGUCGGCACGCUCGUCAUGGCCAUAUGUAAAGAGUGCUGGUUCGAUCCAGUGCUUUUUGACAUAUUUACCUGGCUGGGAUACCUGAACUCCCUCAUCAAUCCUGUAAUCUACACCGUGUUCAACGACGAGUUCAAACAGGCUUUCCAAAAACUCAUCAAAUUCAGACGGUGCUCCUGAAAAACCUCGCAGUGGAUUAAAACUGACAUCUCUAGGGAGGCAGGGAGUGAAAGAGACAAAGAAUAAGAUAAUGGAUAAUAAAGAUAGUGAAAGUACUCUACACUUAAUUGUCUCAUCUUGUAAACAUAUGCUAAGUGUGAUAUGUUUCUGUUUUCUUUUUUUACAUCAAACAGCUCUGUGCCAUAGCUCUUAAGAUACCUACAGUAUACCCAUCCUAUAGACUUCUGCAUGCAUGCUUUAAAAGAUAAAAAUCUUUACCCCCAAUGAUUAUGGCUCUCAUCUUCAAAAGAUAAAUAAAGGGGACUUUAAAUCUCUUACAUUUCACAGGGACACUGCAGAUGUUUCUUGAACAAAAGCAAAGAUUUAAAACAAACAAAGACUGGUGUAUUUGUAUAGAAAAGGUAAACUCAAAACGUCUGGAUUCGAUCCAGCGGAAAUGAAAAGCCAUGAUAUAUGUGUCGUCUAAAUCUCCGUGUCAUACUGUAUGCUGCUGCUCCCAUAUAAUGUUUCUGUGGUACAGUAAAGACUAAAAUCCUCCAGAGA